ACCAAAAAUGUAGUUGGUUCUUACGUUCAGGUUACUAGCCUCUGUGAAAACUGCUGCCUAGUCAAAAAAUAGGAAAGUCAGCCGACAUCAAAUUCAAUGCCACUUGGCAAUUUGAUUGUGGCAGGAGCUGUUUUAUUUUCGGGCAGUAGUGCCAGUAAAUUUUUGACAUUGUGCCAGCAUGCAUCAAUACAGAUGUUUAGUAUAGGAACUUAUAUGAACAUUCAGAAUCUUUAUCUAGUCCCUACAAUAGAAACUGUAUGGCAGAGAGAACAGUUGCAUCUAUUAACUGCAGCACGGGAAGCAGGAGAACCCUUGAGGCUGGGCGGUGACGGUAGAUGCUGCUCCCCAGGACAUACAGCAAAGUACCUGUCCUAUACACUGAUGGAUCUUCAAACCAACAAAAUUGUAGACACACAGCUAGUACAGAAAAAUGAAGUAAGGAAUUCAUACGCCAUGGAGUUAGAGGGCUUGAAAAGAGGUUUGGCAUUCUUAGAGGAGGAGCAGGUUGAAGUGUCACAUCUGGUGACUGAUCGCCACUCUCAAAUUAAAAAGUAUAUGCGUGAAGAGCAACCUGAAAUUACUCAUUGGUUUGAUUGCUGGCAUGUUGCUAAAGGUGUAUUUAAGAAGUUGGAAGCAGUGGCUAAAAAGAAGAAUUGUGAGAUUGUUGGUCAGUGGGCAAGAUCAAUCAGUAACCAUACCUACUGGUGUGCCAUGAGCUGUGAGGGAAAUGGAGAGCUAGUACUUGAGAAAUGGUGUUCCAUUCUAAACCAUGUUUGCAACAUACAUGAAGGGCAUGGUUCACAGUUUCCAAGAUGUGAGCAUGGUGAUCUUGAUGAUGACCGAAUAUGGUUCAGGAAAGGUUCUAAAGCUUAUGUUGAAUUGGAGAAAAUUGUUAAUGGACGAUUGCUACUGACAGACAUCAGGAAACUCUCACCAGCAGAACAAACAUCUGGUCUGGAAGCAUUCCACAAAGUUCUGUGUCACUUUGCACCAAAACUGGUCCAUUACUUUCAUGCACAAAUGGAAGCUAGGUUACAGUUAGCAGUCCUCCAAUUUAAUGAAAACUCAAGCAGACAGCAGGCAACAACCAGACAAGGUGACACAAUGUAUAGGGUGUCUUUCCCAAAAAGUAGGAAAGGUGAAGGAGUGGCUAAGGAAGUGAAAGUAAAACAAACUUUCAAUUACAUUGACCAACUGAAUGAAGAGCUUGUAUUUAGGAGGGAGGUUCACAGUUCUUUUGCAGAGGCAAGGAGAGCAAGGGCGAUGGAGGAGAGAGAGAGACCUGUGCCAAUCUCCCAGUCUGAACCAAGAGCAAGGAAAUGUGAUAUUGUGGCUGCACAUAGAUCUAGAUUUAAUUAA